UCGUUGUCGCACUGUAUUUACUAGCUGCACUUCCAAUAGUGACACAACUUUGUCUCAAACGCAACAAACUAAACAGAUUAACAUUCAGAUUAACUGUUAAAAGAAAAAUCAUUCUUGCAGUGGUCAACAUGGCUGAUAACGAACUCGCUAACCGUCUCCAGAAGAGAAUCGCGGUGGAGGAGGGAAAAGAUGUGGAAAAGAAGAUGAAGGACUAUCGAGAUCCACACGAGGAGUUUGCUCAUCCCUACCCAGAGUUUAGUGAGUUCUCAAGGGAACAGUGUGCCAUGUACGAGGACAUGUUUGCCGAGUACGACGAAAACAAGGAUGAUUUUCUCUGUUACGAUGAGUUGAAAGCAAUGAUGGAAAAACGAGGUGAACCACUGACACACAUGGAACUCAAGAAACUUAUUAGCACGUUGGAUGAAGAUCAAGACGGCAAAUUCAACUUCAGAGAGUUCAUGCUAAUGUGGAGUAAAUGUCUGAAGGGAGAGAUGCCCGAGGGGUCAGGGUUCACCAAGAUUGUUGCUACCAAUGAGAUCGUCUUAGCUAAGCCUGCUUCUGCUGAUAAAGCUGGAGUGGGAGGGGCUGCGACCUUCUUUGAGACUAAGGCUCGGGCCCCGGACGACAAACAAAACUUGGAUGAUGAGAUAGUGUCAGAACAAAGGAAAAAAUAUGAGCAAAAGAGGCAGGCUAAGAGAGACAAGGAAGCGGCCGCUGCUAAGAAAGCAGCUUUUGCAAACCGGGCUUCCAUGUUUAAUAAUUAGAUGCGUCUCCAUGGCAACCUACAGACAUUUUGUUCACUUCACCUUUGCAACUUUCGUCUAGUCUUAAACAAUCUACACCUUAAAACUAUGGUAGAUUUUCAAUGCUCUGAACUUUAUUAUGACUAACUUGACUUAAGUUUCAAUGUCGGCUACUUUAAGCUAUAUAUAAUUAAUCCGCCCGUCAAGAAAAAGCUUUAUUUUCUACUCUAUAAUGGAUAAAAGUUUUAUUUUUUACUGUAUGAGCAGCUUUUCAAUCAGACUUCCCACUCCCCAGCACCGAGUUCAAGGUCUCAAACUAUCAUCGGUGUUAACCUUUCUAUGGCUGUCUUAACACUCCUUAUUUCACACUCAUUAACACCAUGGCAGGUGAUUAUUCGUUUAUAUGAGAUCGAAAAUGUGUCAGUUUUGUUUUUAACUGUCUACAUUCUUAUUCUUUUAAAAUAUCAAAAUAACCAUUCUAUAAUUUGAUGAGUUUUAAUUUACAGAGAAAUUGAUGAUUAUCACAGCUACGAAUUUAAUCUACAACUUUCAGAAGUAUACAUGUAUUAUGAUUGCGGUAGUCUGCCGAUGAUUAAUUGCCAUGCAUGAAAUAACCAGUUUAAUAAAAAAAAAAAGAGCCAGAGUA